AUGGUUCGCCCUACGAUAAUCGGGCGUGCGCUUGCCUUUGGCCUCUUGACCUCUUCCACAGAAGCAGGACGAAUCCGGAUACGACAGCCUCAAGCAACUUCCGCAUCUCCAGAAACACAAGAAUCCGCAUCAGACACAGCAACGGCGCCCGCCACAACGACAACACAGGAUGUGCCGCAGGCAUUGCUUAGCAUCGCCGACUCACUCAUAGACGCAAACUAUCCGUCGCAGACGAUCGAAGACAUCAGAACACUCUCGUGGCCAACAACGGUUGUGAUUGGUACUCAGACGUACACCAUCGGGUCCGAAUCAACAGCCACUUCCAGCAGUACGCCAACUUCGCAGACUUCGCAAACAUCGAAGACAGAUGCAGCAAGCACAACCAACGACAUCUCCAAGCCUGAGGAAACAGAAGUUAAAUCAGCUUCCGAGCCGAGUCAUAAAGCGGACGACAAGCGACUAGCCAUCAUCAUCGGUGUGGUCAUCGGAGUCGUCGUCCUGAUCGUUCUGGGCACUGUAUUCUGCUGUCUCCACCGUCGGAAGAAGGACAACGGAAGCUUCUUCUUGCGCCGCAGCACACCAUCGGUGAGAUCGAACGGAUCCUGGAUGCCUGGAAGCCAGCGUCCAGACACCUAUGGACACACCGCAUAUGUAUCAGCAGGAAAGCAGGGUCCGGACACCUUUGGCAACACCGCAUAUGUAUCACCAGCAAUGUCGAGUCCCCACCAGCGCAAGUAUCCGCAGAUGUCAACCAUCGAACGCGGUACCACUCCUCCAGUCGAUGCGCAUCCAGCUUAUCUGCACCACGAGAGCAGCCGAUCGACAUCAGAUGAGAACCCGUUCUACACGCCCGAGGAGCGCUCGCAAAGUGCACUCAACCCGCAGGAGCUAGACAGCCAAGCGAUAGCACAGAUCGAUCACGCUGACCCAGCCAACCGACAAUCCUCGGAUUCAAUGCGACAAUCGCGGCCACCGACCCCGUUCUCACCGCUGAUGAUGAUGCAAAGUGGCCCGGCCGCGAGACCACAAGUCCACCAGAACCCGUUCUCUUCGCCCGAAGACGAGGAGGCGGAUGAUGUCGUCUCGCCUAUCGUCCCACCGACAAGAAAUCCAGAGCGGAGAUACUCGCCUAUGGUGCACUAUCCAUCGUGGGACGAAGUAAGCGCGUUCUCCUUCUCCGGCAGCGAGAGAGAUGCCCGACAGCAAGAGGAAGGUGGAGAUGGUUGGCGCCCGGAGAGGGAGCGGAAGGCUGGGAGCGUGAGGCGUUUGGAUGGUUGGUGGAUUGCCCGUGGCAUUGCGAUGAUGACGGACUUUUUGGUCCUAGAUACCCUCAGCAUUCGCUUUGGAUGCCUGUACGUACAGAUCCGCAGGACGGCAUAA